AUGAAAAAGUUUGGAGCCAAGUUUCCUACCAAUGUAGAAAGUGAUGGUUGGUACGGGUUUACCGUAUGGAGACAAUUAUUAAAAGCAAAGGAUGAAGGAGUAUUACUCGAUUUUUCCGUUGAAAGAUACGACACAACUCCCAAUCCUGAAGUUUAUACUUUCUUAUUCAGGAUUCUUGGAAUCCCAAUCAUUGCUACCAAGGAACCUGAAAACAUCAAAGCUAUCUUAUCGACUCAAUUCAAUGAUUUUUCAUUAGGUUUUAGACAUGAGGUUAUGUUACCAGUUUUGGGGGAUGGAAUCUUUACCCAGGACAAUUUAGCUUGGAAGCAUUCUCGUGCAUUACUUAGACCUCAAUUUGCUAGGGAACAAGUUGGUCAUGUCAAAUCGUUGGAGCCUCAUUUGCAAGUGCUUUUCAAACAUAUUAGAAAUUCUAAGGGUAAAACCUUUGAUAUUCAAGAACUCUUUUUUAGAUUAACUGUUGAUACAUCAACUGAGUUUUUAUUUGGCGAAUCUGUGCAGUCACUAAGAGAUGAAUCAGUCGGUAUGGCACAAGACGCAACCAAUGUUGAUGGGAAAGCAGAAUUCGCAGAAAACUUCAAUUUAUCUCAACAAUAUUUGGCUUCCCGUGCCCUUAUGCAAAAGUUCUACUGGAUAAUUGAUACAAAGGAUUUUAGAAAGGCUUACAGUAAAGUACAUAAAUUCGCCAGCCAUUAUGUUCAACGAGCUCUUAAUAUGUCUCCCGAGGAAUUAGAAAAAGAACAAGGGUAUGUCUUUUUGAAUGAAUUAGUUAAACAGACUAGAGAUCCACAAGUCUUACAGGAUCAAUUGUUGAACAUCUUGCUUGCUGGUAGAGACACCACCGCUGCUUUAUUAUCAUUCUUAUUCUUUGAAUUGGCCAGAAAUCCAGACAUUUUCUCCAAACUUAAGGAAGAAAUAUAUGAUAAAUUUGGAUCAGGAGAGGAUGCACAAAUUGAUCAAAUCACUUUUGAAUCAUUAAAGAAGUGUGAAUAUUUGAAAGCAUGUAUUAACGAAGCAUUAAGAUUAUAUCCAUCAGUGCCUCAGAAUUUUAGAGUCGCAACUAGAGACACUACCCUACCCACAGGAGGUGGUCCAGAUGGUAAAUCUCCUAUUCUUGUAAGAAAGGGCCAAAAUGUCUUUUAUACGAUUUAUGUCACCCACAGGCUGGAACGGUACUAUGGUAAGGAUUCAUUUGAGUUCAGGCCCGAAAGAUGGUUUGAACCUGAGACUAGAAAAUUGGGUUGGGCAUAUUUACCUUUUAAUGGUGGUCCAAGAAUUUGCUUAGGUCAACAAUUCGCUUUAACCGAAGCUCUGUAUGUGACUGUAAGAAUUAUACAGGAAUUUGCUAACUUGUCAAUGGAUCCAAAUACUCCUUAUCCUCCAAAGAAAAUGUCUCAAUUGACUGUUUCACUUUUUGAUGGUUGCAAUAUAGAAAUGUAUUAG